AUGAAUUCUAUCGAGCAAGAAGAUCAGAAAUACUGGGCUGAAGUCCAGGCCGUCAAAGAAUGGUGGCAGGACUCAAGAUGGCGGUAUACCAAGCGCCCGUUCACCGCAGAGCAGAUCGUUGCGAAGCGGGGAAACUUGAAGAUUGAAUAUCCAUCAAAUGUCCAGAGCAAAAAGCUUUGGGGGAUUCUGGAAGAGCGUUUCAAGAACAAAACUGCCAGCUUCACUUAUGGCUGUCUCGAACCCACAAUGCUCACCCAGAUGGUCAAAUAUCUCGAUACGGUCUACGUCUCUGGCUGGCAGAGCUCUUCUACAGCAUCGUCAACUGACGAGCCCUCUCCAGACCUUGCAGAUUACCCAAUGAACACUGUCCCCAACAAGGUCAACCAGCUAUGGAUGGCACAGCUCUUCCAUGACCGUAAACAGCGCGAGGAAAGAUUGAGGGCUCCUAAGUCCCAACGCGCCUCGCUUCCCAACAUCGAUUACUUGAGGCCAAUUAUUGCCGAUGCGGAUACUGGUCAUGGUGGAUUGACCGCUGUCAUGAAGCUGACCAAAUUGUUCAUCGAGCGGGGAGCUGCUGGCAUUCAUAUUGAGGAUCAGGCCCCUGGAACCAAGAAGUGCGGCCAUAUGGCUGGCAAGGUCUUAGUCCCUAUCAGCGAGCAUAUCAACAGACUUGUUGCCAUCCGAGCCCAGGCUGAUAUUAUGGGAACCGACCUCCUGGCUGUUGCUCGGACUGAUUCCGAAGCGGCAACCCUGAUCACAUCGACUAUUGAUCCCCGGGACCAUGCUUUCAUUAUUGGCUCAACAAAUCCUAAUAUCAAACCCCUCAAUGAUCUGAUGAUUGUUGCUGAGCAAGCAGGCAAGAACGGAGCGGAUCUCCAGGCAAUUGAGGACAAGUGGAAUGCUGAGGCGGGCCUAAAGCUUUUCUCCGAGGCAGUUGUUGACCAAAUCAAGGCAUCUUCUAUUCCCAACAAGCAGGCUGUUAUCGAUGGAUUCCUCCGCAGCGUCAAGGGCAAGAGCAAUACUGAAGCCCGUGCCAUCGCCAAGAAGAUCACCGCUUCAGAUACCUAUUUUGACUGGGAUGCUGCUAGAACUCGGGAGGGCUUCUACCGCUACCGUGGCGGUACCCAGUGUGCCGUCAACCGUGCCAUUGCCUACGCCCCAUUUGCCGAUCUUAUCUGGAUGGAGAGUAAAUUGCCCGACUAUGCCCAGGCAAAGGAGUUUGCUGAAGGGGUCCACGCUGUGUGGCCUGAACAGAAGCUCGCUUACAACCUUUCCCCAUCCUUCAACUGGAAGGCCGCCAUGCCACGUGGCGAGCAGGAGACCUACAUCCGCCGUCUGGGCGAGCUGGGUUAUGCCUGGCAAUUCAUCACCCUUGCCGGUCUCCACACCACUGCCCUUAUCUCUGACCAGUUUGCCAAGGCCUACUCCACAAAUGGCAUGCGCGCCUAUGGCGAACUAGUCCAGGAGCCCGAGAUGGAAAAUGGAAUUGAUGUCGUUACCCACCAGAAAUGGAGUGGUGCCAACUAUGUUGACGAGCUGUUGAAGAUGGUCAGUGGCGGUAUCAGCAGCACCAGCGCCAUGGGCAAAGGCGUCACCGAAGAUCAAUUCAAAUAG